UGACGCGGGGCCCUCACGUGACCUGGAGCUGCAGAGCGACGCAGCCUUCGGUGCAGUCGUCACUCCCGUCUGGGUACCGGCUCCCCGCGGUCCUGCGCCUGGCGGGCUGGCAUCGGGCCCGAGGAAAGCGGAGCAAGUGAGGGCUCCGGGGCCGCGCGCCGAGGCCAGUAGUUCCGUGUGGCACUUUUGUGGCGAGGCAAGGGAAGAAGGAGAGAAGAAAACUGCACAGGAUCUGUGGAGUUUUCCAGAUUCCCCCGCCUGUCUGAGCACCUUGGUGAAGGAAAUGAUGGACUUUUGGGAGAAACCUUAGAAUCCUACAGGUCUUCCCAUAGGCCUACAGUAGGGUUGGAAGCCAGGGAAAGGGGGAGACUGGCCUGGAACCAUGAAGGUUGGUGUGAAGGUGGGCAGCGCCUGGGGAUAAAAAGAGGAUCGGCCUGCAGGUCUGCUGUAGGGCUUGAGAUUACUGGAAGCAAAGAAACAAGGAGGAAAUUGCCCCUGAUCAGUAUAGCCUGGUCCACAGAUCUCAUGAGUUAAUAGAUCUACUUUAGGGUAUAUCACCAAUCAAGAGAAGGAAAGAGGAGGGAACUGCUUUGAUCAUUACAGGUCCACCUCCAGUGGCAGCUGUAGUGGCCUUUAAGUGGCUGAAGACCAGCGCCUUCACAGGCCUACACCCAGACCUACUACCCUCUUUCCCCAUCCUGAUUGAGCCCCCUGUACCUUGUUCGUGCCUUCAGUAGGGGUGAUUACAUGGGUCGCGUUCAGGAAGUGGGCUGGGUGACUGCAGGACUGGUGGUUUGGGCUGGUACCUGCUACUACCUUUACAGAUUAACCAAGGGAAGAGCACAGAGUGUGAGGACACUUGCCAAAAAUGGGUCCAGAGUCAAGAUGGAGACUGUGCUUGGGGUACAGAACCAGACCUUGGCCACGGGUGAAGCCAUGGCUGGGACAGAGACUGAGACUAGACCCCAGGCCACGUCUGGAGCAGAAGCUGAAGCAGGAGGUAGGGCUGAGGCUGAAGUAGAGAUUACCACCACUGCUAAAGCCAGACCCAAAGCCAACUCUCAGGCCAUGACAAUGGCUGAGGCAGAGGCAGCGAUACAAUCUGAGGCCAAAACAGUGGCCAGAACAGUGGGCACGACAGAGGUGGUGACUCUGACUGAGGCCCAGGUCAAAGCUGGGGAAGUGGCUAUGAAAGAGGCUGUGACCCAAACUGACUCUGAGGCUGGGAGAGUAGUCAAGAAAGAGGCUGUGACCCAGACCAAGGUUAAAAUUUGGGCACUGGCUGCCAGGGCAGAGACCAAGAAAGAAGUAAUGACCCAGACCAAAGUGGAGGCUCGUAUACUGGCUGAAAAAGAGAUGAAAAGAAUAAUGGUGACACAGAGCGAGGCCUUAGGAGUGAUCAGGGAAGUGACCAAGAUCAGUGCCAUGAGUAAGACUGGAAUUGUGGCUGAGACCAAGGCAAGAGCCCUGGAAGAGAUUGUGAGUGUGGCCAAGACUCAGUCUGAGGCCAGGCCUGGUAACACAGUUGAUGCUAAGGGAAAUCCUAAUACCGUGUCCAGGGCAGAAGUUGGAGUGGACAUGAGGUCUUGUGCACCAUCUCAGGCUGUGACCAAGAUCCAGGUCGACACCAUGCCUGGUGCUGGGGUUGAGGUCAAGGGGAAUCACAAAACCAUGCCUCGGGCAGAGUCUAGGGCAGACGUGAGGGCUCCUGCCCAGCCUCAGAUUAUAGCCAAGACCCAGGCUGAGGCUAUGCUUGGGGCAAAGGUUGAUGCUGGGGGUAUUACAAAUGCCGUGUGUAAGGUAGGGGCAGGGGCAGACAUGAGAGUUUCUACACAACCUCAGACUGUGGCCAAGAAACAGGCCGAGACAAUGUUUGGUGCCGGGGUUGAUGACAGGGGAAAUGCUGAUGUCACAUCUAAGGCAGUGGCUGGAGCUGACAUGAAGGUUGCUGCUCAACUUCAAGCUGCAGCCGGUGCUCAGGCUGAGGCUAUGCCUGAUGUCAGGGUUAAAGGAAGAGGUAACUCCAGUGCGAUGUCUAAAACAGGGGCCAGGGCAAACUUGAGGGCCAAUUCCCAGGCUGAGGCCUUGCCUGAUGCCAGGGUUAAGACCAGAGACAAUCCCAAUGCCAAGUCUAAGAUGGGGGCUGGGACAGAUAUGGAGCUCUAUACGCAGCCUCAGCCUGUGGCCAAUGUCCAGGUUGAUGCCUUGCCUGAUGGCAGGAUUAAGGCUAAAGGCAAUGCCAACACGUUAUCUAAAGAAGGGGCUGGGACAGACACAAAGGCACAGUCUCAGGCUUCCACCAAGAGCCAGGUUGAGACCUUACCUGGUACUAGAGGUAAGACUAGGGGAAAAGGCAAAAGUAAGCAUAAAGCAGGAGUCGGGAUAGAAAUGAAAACCUGCGCGCAGCCUCAGGUUGGGGCCAAGACCCAAGCUGAUGCUUUUCCCGAUUCCAGGGUUGAUGGCAGGGGUGAUCCUAAUGCCAUUUCUAGGUCAGGGGCUAAGGCGGAACUGAGGGCCUGUGGUCAGCCCCAGACUGAGGCCAGUUCCCAGGUUGAGGGCUUGCCUGGUACUAAGAAUAAGGUCAGAGGCAAUCCCAGUGCUGUGUCUAAGGCAGGGACUGGGCCAGAUACACUGGGCUCUGCCCAGCUUCAGGCUGUGGCCAAUUCCCAGGGUGAAGCCUUGUCUGGUAAUAAGAGCAAGGUCAGGGGCAAUCCCAAUGUUGUGUCUAAGGCAGGGAUUGGGCCAGAUACUAUGUGUUCUGCCCAGGGUGAAACAGAUACAACAGGCUCUGCCCAGCCCCAGGCUGUGGCCAGUUCCCAGGGUGAAGCCUUGCCUGGUACUAAGAACAGGGUCAGGGGCAAUUCCAAUGCUGUGUCUAAGACGGGGGCUGGGCCAGGUACAAUAGGUUCUGCUCAGCCUGAGGCUGUGUUUAAUUCCCAAGGUGAAACCUUGCCUGGUACUAAGAAUAAGGUCAGAGGCAAGUCCAGUGCUUUGUCUAAGGCAGGGGCUGGGCCGGAUACAGUGGGCUCUGCCCAGCUCCAGACUGCGGCCAAUGCCCAGGAUGAAGCCUUGUCUGGUACCAAGAAUAAAGUCAGGACCAAUCCCAGUGCCGUGCCUAAGGCAGACGCCAGAGCAGAUUCAGUGGGCUCUUCCCAGCCUCAGACAGAUAUAACAGGUGCUGCCCAGCCCAUGGCUGUGGCCAAUUCCCGGAGUGAGGCCUUGCCCAGUAUCAAGAAUAAGGGUAAGGGCAAUCCCAGUGCUUUGUCUAAAGCAGGGACUGGGCCAGAUAUAGUAGGUUCUGCCCAGCCUCAGGUUGUGCCCAAUUCCCAGGGUGAAGUCUUGUCUGGUACUAAGAACAAGGUCAGGGGCAAUCCCAGUGCCGUGUCUAAGGCAGAGGCCAGGGCAGAUGCAAUGGGCUCUGCCCAGCCUCACACGGACACAACAGGCUCUGCCCAGCCCCUGGCUGUGGCCAGUUCCCAGGGUGAAGCCUUGCCUAGUAUGAAGAAUAAGGUUAGGGGUAAGUCCAAUGCUGUGUCUAAGAUAGGGGUUGGGCCAGAUACAGUGAACUCUGCCCAGCCUCGGGUCGUGGCCAGUUCCCAAGGUGAAGUCUUGCCUGGGACUAAGAAGAUCAGGGGCAAUCCCAGUGCUGUGUCUAAGACAGAGGCCAGAGCAGACACAAUGGGCUCUGCCCAGCCUCAAACAGACACAACAGGCUCUGCCCAGCCCCUGGCUGUGGCCAAUUCCCAAGGUGAAACCUUGCCUAGUAUCAAGAAUAAGGUUAGGGGCAAGUCCAGUGCUAUGUCUAAGACAGGGGCUGGGCUAGAUACAGUGGGCUCUGCCCAGCCCCAGGCUGUGGCCAAUUCCCAGGGUGAAGUCUUGUCUGGUACUAAGAACAAGGUCAGGGGCAAUCCCAGUGCUGUGUCUGAGGCAGAGGCCAGGGCAGAUGCAAUGGGCUCUGCCCAGCCUCAAACGGACACAACAGGCUCUGCCCAGCCCCUGGCUGUGGCCAGUUCCCAGGGUGAAGCCUUGCCUGGUAUCAAGAAUAAGAUUGGGGGCAAGUCCAAUGCUGUGUCUAAGAUAGGGGCUGGGCCAGAUACAGUGGGCUCUGCCCAGCUCCAGGCUGUGGCUAAUUCCCAGGGUGAGGCCUUGCCUGGUGUCAAGAGAAAGGUCAAGGGCAACCCCAGUGCUUUAUCUAAAGCAGGGACUGGGCCAGAUACAGUGGGCUCUGCCCAGCUCCAGGCUAUGGCCAAUUCCCAGUGUGAAGCCUUGCCUGGUGUGAAAAAUAAGGUCAGCAGCAAUCCCAAUGCUGCGUCUAAGGUAGAGGCCAGAGCAGAUACAACAGGCUUUGCCCAGCCUCAGGCUGAGUCUAAUUCCCAGGGUGAAGCCUUGCCUGGUGCCAGGAGUAAGGUCCGGUGUAAUCUUAGUGCUGUGUCUAAAGCAGACACUGGGCCAGACACAGUGCGCUCUGCCCAGCCACAAACUGUGACCAAUUCCCAGGGUGAAGCCUUGCCUAGUGUCAAGAAUAAGGUCAGGGGCAAUCCCAGUGCUGUGUGUAAGAUAGAGGCCAGGGCAGAUGCAGUGGGCUCUGCCCAGCCUCGAGCAGAUAAAACAGGCUCUGCCCAGCUCCAAGCUGUGACCAAUUCCCAGGGUAAAGCCUUGUCUGGUACUAAGAGUAAGGUCAGAGGCAAUUCCAGUGCUGUAUCUGAGGCAGAGGCCAGGGCAGAUAUAACAGGUUCUGCCUGGCCUCAGGCUGUGGCCACUUCCCAGGGUGAAGUUUUGCCUGGUACUAAGAAUGUCAGGGGCAAUCCCAAUGCUGUGUCAAAGGCAGAGGUUGGGGCAGAUACAAUGGGCUCUGCCCAGCCUCAAACAGAUACAACAGGCUCUGCCCAACCCCUGGCUGUGGCCAAUUCCCAGGGUGAAGUCUUAGCUGGCACUAAGAAUAAGGUCCGGGGCAAUCUCAGUGCUGUGUCUAAAGCAGGGAUUGGGCCAGAUACAGUGGGUUCUGUCCAGCCCCAGGCUGUGGUCAAUUCCCAGGGUGAAGCCUUGCCUAGUGUCAAGAAUAAGGUCAGAGGCAAUCCCAAUGCUGUGUCUAAGGUAGAGGCCAGAGCAGAUACAACAAGUUUUGCCCAGCCUCAGGCUGUGUCUUAUUCCCAAGGUGAAACCCUGUCUGGUGCCAGGAGUAAGGUCCAGGGCAAUCCCAGUGCUGUAUCUAAGGCAGGCACUGGGCCAGAUAUAAUGUGUUCAGCUCAGCCUCAAACAGAUAUAACAGGCACUGCCCAACCCCAAGCCAGGUCUAAUUCCCAAGGUGAAACCUUGCUUGGUGCCAGAAAUAAGGUCAGGGACAAUCUCGAUGUGGUAUUUAAGGCAGGGUCUGGGCAAGAUACAAUAGGCUCUCUUUCACCAAAGGCCGUGGCCAUUUCUCAGGGCAAGGCCCUCCUUGGUGCCAGAAGUAAGGUCAGGGGAAAUACCAGUGCUGAGUCUAAGGUAGAGGCUGGGGCACAUAUGAUGGGCUCUGGCCAGCCUCAGUCUGCAGCCCAUUCCCAGAGUAAGAUCUUGCCUGGGACAAAGGACAGGGCUAUACCCAAGUCUGAGGCAGAUGAGGGCUAUGCAAAGCCCAAGGCUGAGGCCACACCCACUGUUGAGAGUGGGGGUGGGACAGGCACUCAGGCCUGCAGAAAGACUCGGUCUAGAGUCCAUGACUACUACUGGAAUGGGAUUGGUAUUGAGGAUUGGAUUGCUUCUGAGCGAUGGAUCAAAUUUAGGUUUCAGGCCAGGGAUGGAUACUGGGAGAAUAGCAUGUCCUGGGCUGAUGAUGAGAAUGAAGCCAGUAUUGAGUCCUGGAGUGGGGCUAGUGAUAAGUCUGAUAUUAGGUCCUGGGCUGGGGCUAAGGGUGAGAAUGAAGUUGGUUUUCCAUCCUGGGCUACAGCUGGGGACCAGGCCUGUGGGGGGCUCUGGGUUGAGAGUCAGGCCAGUGGGGGUUCUUUGUCAGAGGCCAGGGACAUGGCCAUUGGAGCAUCCUGGAUUGGGGCUGAGAAUCAGGCCAGUGGGGUGUCUUGGGCUAGCACCGGGAACCAGGCUAUUGGGGAGCCCUGGGCUGGAGGUCAGGCCAGUGGGGUGUCCUGGGCUGGGGAAGAUGCCAUUGGAGGGUCCUGGAUGGGAGCUGAGGAACAGGACAGUGGAAGGUCCCAGGAUGGCGCUGGGAUUCAGGCUAAUGGAGGGUCCUGGGCUGAAGCUAGAGCUGGGAAUGUGGCUAGUAUUGGGCACUGGCCUGGGGAUAUGGACCAGGCUAGUGGAGGGUACUGGGUUGGGACUGGUGACCUGUCUGGUGGAUCCAAGCCUAGAUUUGAGGAUCAGGCCAGUGAAGAUAUGUCCUGGGCUGACACAGCCAACCAAGCCAGUGGAGGGUCCAGGCUGAGGCCUGUGGACCAGUCUGGUGGUGAGUCCUGGGCUAGGGCUGGGGAACAGGCCAACAAAGGUCCUAGGCCAGGGUUUGUGGACCAGUCCAGUGUUGGGUCCUGGGCUAGCACUGGGAAUCAGGCCAGUGGAGGAUUCUUGGUUGGGACUAUGGACCAGGCCAGUGGGGGGUCCUGGGCUGGGACUGGUGAUCAGUCUGGUGGUGAGUCCAAGCCUAGAUUUGAGGAUCUGGCAAACGUAGAAGUGUCUUUGGCUAGGGUUGGUGGCCAGGCUGGUGGAGGGCCUAGGCUGGGGCCUGAGGACCAGUCCAGUGGAAGGUCCUGGGCUGACUCUGGGGACCAAGCCAGUGGAGGGUUCUUGGUUGGGGCUGCGGACCAGGCCAAUGGAGGGACCUGGGCUGUACCUGGGGAUCAGGCUGGUGGUGAGACAAAGCCUAGAUCUGAAGAGCAGGCAAGUGGAAGAGGGUCUUGGGCUGACAAUGGGGGCCAGGCUGGUGGAGGGUCUAGGCUGGGUCCCAGGGACCAGUCCAUUGGAGAUUCCUGGGCUGGCACUGGGGACCAGGCCAGUGAAGAAUGUAGGCCCGGGCCUGAGGAUCAGUCCAAAGGAUGGUUCUGUGCUUACAGUGGGAGUCAGGCUAAUGCAAGUGGGUCCUGGGGUGGGGCUGGUGGCCAGGCUAUUGGAGGAUCUAGACUAGGGCCCACGAUCCCAUCCAGUGGUGGGUCCUGGGCUGAUACUGGAAGUCAGGUCAGUGGAAGGUCUUGGGCUGGGACUGGAGAUCAGGCUAGUAGCUGUCCCAAACCUGGAUUUGAGGAUCAAGCCAAUGGAGGAGGGUUCUGUUCUGGUGCUGAGGACCAGGCUGUUGGAGGGUCUAAUCCAGGGCCUGCAAACCAGUCCAGUGGUGGGUCCUGGACUGACACUGGGAGUCAGGCCAGUGGAAGGUCCUGGGCUGGGGCUGGGGAUCAGGCUGAUAGUGGUUCCAAACCUGGAUUUGAGGACCCAGCAGGUAGAGAAGGCUCCCAGCCUGGCACUGGGGAUCAGGCUAGUGGAAAAUCUUGGGCUGGGUCUAGGCCUGGUAAUGAAGCCAGUAGAGGGUGUAGGCUGGGGCCCAAGGACCAGGCAAGUGGAGGGCCCUGGGCUACGGCUGGUGACCAGGCCAGUGGAAGACCCCAGAUCAGUGCCGAGAUGGAGGCCAGUGAAAGAUCCUGGUUUGGGCCUGGGGGUGAGACUAGUACCGGGUCCUGCUUCAGGAGAGGGGAAGAGGCUGGUAUUGUAUCCAAACCUGGAGGUAAAAACGAGGCCAGUAUUGAAUCCAGAUCAAGGGCUAAAGAAGAAGCCAUCAUUAGUUCCAGAUUUGGGGCUGAGGAUAAGGCCAAUAUUGGGUCCUGGAUCAGAUCUGAAGAGGCAGCCUGUAUGGAUUCCUGUAUGGGGGCUGAGGCUGGGGCUGCGGCAGAGGUCAGGAAGGAGUCUUGGCUCUGGGAUGGAGAUGCAGCCACUAUAGGGUCUAGGCUUGGGGCUGAGGAAGAGGCUUGCGUGGGGUCAUGGACUUGGGCUGAGGAUGUGGAUGAGGAUGAGCUAAGUAGAGCAUCCAGCCCUGAUAUUGAGGAGAUCAGUUUAAGGUCCUUGUUUUGGGCUGACAGUGAGAAGAGUCAUGAGUUCAGAUCCGAGAGGGAGCGAAAUGUCAAUUUUGAGUGUGGAGCUGGAGAUAAGGCCAGCACCAAGGAUAACUUUGAGGCACCAACUGCUGGUGGAGUUGAGGAAAAGUCUUGGUUCUGGGAUGGUAAUGAAAACAGAAGUGAGGACAAAUCUGCACCUAAGACUAAAGCCAAAAAGUCAGCUGAGUCAAGAGGCACAUAUCCAUCCAUGGUCCCUGGGGCAGGAAUGGGGUCAUGGGCAGGAGCCAUGAUCUGGACGGAAAUGAAAUUUCCAUACCAAAAUAAGUCCUGCUUCCCACCUGAAGAUGACCUAAGAAAGCAGAUCAGGGAUGAGGAGAAAACUCAGCCCUGGACCUGUCGCUGUAAACGCGAAGCUAAUAUGGAUCCACGAGAGCUUGAAAAACUCAUUUGCAUGAUUGAGAUGACUGAAGAUCCUUCUAUUCAUGAAAUAGCCAAUAAUGCUCUUUAUAACAGUCCCGAAUAUCCCUUUUCCCAUGAAGUCAUUCGAAAUGCAGGUAGAAUCUCGAUUAUUGAAAGUUUGCUCAAUAAUCCCUAUCCCAGUGUAAGGCAGAAGGCUUUAAAUGCACUGAAUAACAUCUCAGUGGCUGCUGAAAAUCAUAGGAAGGUGAAAACAUACUUAAACCAAGUAUGUGAAGACACGGUCACCUAUCCUUUGAAUUCAAAUGUACAGCUGGCUGGACUAAGACUGAUAAAGCACUUGACUAUUAUUAGUGAAUAUCAGCAUAUGGUUACAAAUUAUAUUUCAGAAUUUCUUCGUUUGUUAACUGUGGGAAGUGGAGAAACGAAAGACCAUAUUUUGGGAAUGCUUUUGAAUUUCUCUAAAAAUCCAUCUAUGACAAAAGACUUACUCAUUGCCAAUGCACCAACGUCACUGAUUAAUAUCUUUAGCAAGAAAGAGACGAAAGAGAAUAUUCUUAAUGCUCUUUCACUAUUUGAAAAUAUAAAUUAUCAUUUUAAAAGAAGGGCAAAAGUAUUUACGCAGGACAAGUUCAGUAAAAAUUCUCUUUAUUUCAUAUUCCAACGGCCUAAAGCAUGUGCCAAGAAACUCCGAGUCUUAGCAGCAGAGUACAGUGACCCUGAGGUGAAAGAAAGAGUUGAGCUAUUAUUAAGUAAGCUCUGAUUAGUUGUAUGUUCCCAAACAAAUCUGAGUAAUAUUUUGGUUUUGUAGUCUGGAAGUAAUGCAUAUUGUAAAUUGCAUUACAACUUUGAAACUGAUGUUACUUGUAAUGGUCUGUAGCUGGAUCACUUUAUGAACACCAAAUGUACUGAAAAUACAUGUGUUGAUUAUUACCUUGUCUGGAUUGAGAUAUUUUUAGUAUGCUUCAUGAGCAGAAACGACCUGAUUCUUCCUAAGUAAGGUAAUUUUUGGUCCUUUGUGUGGACUUAUGUUUAUAUAUUUGAGACUUUAUUUUUAUGUUAUCAAUAAAGUUGUGUGUUUUAAGCAGAAAAAAAG